AUGGGAAAGAAGACACUAUUCUGCAACAUCACUCCGCUGCCGUCGACGGUGUCACGGGAGGUAGCGAUAGCUAUGCUUCACAACCAUGAUGAGAUGAUCGAGCUGAACCCCAUGGUCAUUGAGCAUCGACCCAUCAAGACCCCUCGCGAUGCGCCCGCAGACGAGUUCCUCGAUUGCGCCUGGCAAGAACUCACAGACAAGGUCCACUACCUACCUGGAGGACUGGUGAAGGGGAAGGUCUCAUACAAGGCAUGCUUCCACGAUCUACCGAAUGGUCUGCAGACACAUAUCUAUGCGCCUACUGGCUUGGACAUUCGAGAAAAGUGGUCGAUACAGGGUAGUCUGCCAGGCGAGCCACCAGAACGGCGAGAGCUCGGGUCCACGGCACCUGCAGUUGGACUGUACCUCAAGGAGGAGUGCGAGAUGCGGUGCAACAGAUUUCUGAACAGUUUCGUUAGGAAGAAUCUGGACGAGGCGCACCGGAUUCUGGUCGAGCGCAUUAUGAAGAAAGCUGAAAUGAUAGAGGCUCGCCGUGGGACUGGGUCAGGACAUAGCAAUUUGCUGUCACCCACAGCAGAGUAUUUCAGCAGAAAUCCACCGGAGCAAGCCUAUGGGAAUGGCUUUCAGGUCGGCAGUCACAUGUCACACUCCAAAAUUCUACAGUCCCCAACAAUCCAGACACCGCAGACGACAUCGCCGCAGACGAGGGCUCCUCACAAUGUGAAACCGGAUGGCAUAUCUCCUCAGAUGUCGACACCGCAGGCAAUAACAGCACAACAAUACCACUAUCCGCAGCCUCGAAGUGGGAACGCUCCACCAAAUCUGGCUGACCAUCCAGCCUUCCGCAACGAUAGGCCAUUGACGCAUAAUCUCACGCCAACCAUUCACAACCGAAGCUGGUCUACAGCCAACACGACCGAAACGUCUGCUUCAAACUAUACAUCUCACACUCAAGCGUCCUCAAACACAGCCGCCUCGAAUCACAAUCCUGGUCGCCCACAGCACUAUCAGCAUGCCUCUAUGUCAGCGAUGCCUCCAGCUCCGCCGAGCAAGCAGUUCAUAGCCGAGCUACCUGGAUCAAUACCACAACAGAAGCCUCAACCGUCACCUCAAUUUAGGCGGCACAGUCUUCUCUCCGACUUGAGCGACGAUAUCGCACCUGGAGGCACAGACAGGGCAAGUGUCGUGUCUGCGUUGGACCUGGGCUCAAAUGUCGUCAUUAGUCCAGUGUCACACAUGCAGAACGGCGACCAGUAUCAGCAGCUACCACAGACGAGGUAUCAGUAUAAUCCUAUGGACUUCCAGCGCCGGUGA